AUGGAGACAGCGUGGAGCAAUAUUUUAGACUACAAAAACGUUUCGGAUCGUUAUGUGUUAACUGAAGAAGACAAGAAAGGUGCUUUCGCAAGACAAUACUUUGAAGUCUACGAAGCUCGAGUGAAUGCACUGAAACCAAGAAUUAUCGAGAUCGCUGAAAGAGAUAUUGGUAAAGGAAAAUUCAAGCACAUAUCAUUGAGCGAUGCAAAACAAGACGAAGAAAUUUUUGUCAUUGGAGUAAUUGUGAAAAGAAUAGCAGCGAGGCCUUCAAUUCUAAAAUCUCUGUUGAAUGAAGACAAAGUUGCGUACGAUGAUUAUGAAGGAGACGAAGAAGAUGAUGUGAAGAGAUAUGCUGGAAGUAGUGAAGAUCGUAUUGAACUAGAGUCUGAAAAGCAGACAGUUCGCCUCGAUGGAGCUAUUUCAAUGGAUGAAUGUGCCACUGGAUGCUGUGUCGGAGUUCUGGGAAAGUUAGGCAAAGAAGGCGUCUUUCAUGUGAAUCGACUUAUUUGGCCAUCUUCAAAAAUUUCCAAGAAGUCAGCUGCUGAGGGAACAAUUGUUUUCGUUAGUGGACUUGAGUUAACUGGAGAUAUGGAAGACGAUCAACUCACAAUCUCGGGACUUGAAUUUAUGUCGGAAUGGAUGAACAGCGAAGCUCUCGGAGAAAAUCAGUGUCCUCCCAUUGAUCGUGUUGUUGUAAUUGGCCCGAUUGUUGAGACGAAAUCGAACGGAUGUGAUGUUCAGUCAGUUGUAAGAACACUUACUUUAUCGCGAACUGAGAAACAAUCAUCUGCGAAAGCACUGAUAACCGUUGAUAAAUUGAUCAGUUCGAUUGCUGAAAAACCGUUGGUGAACACUGUUGAUGUGACACCUGGUGUUGGCGAUCCAUGCUCAUCGAUGUGGCCGCUUCCACCAAUUCACAGAGUUUGUCUGCAGCGUUGUGCUAUGAGCCAGAAGAAAGUGAAUCUUGUGACAAAUCCGUAUGAGUUCGAAGUGAAUGGUCUACGAGUGAUGACUAUGUCUGGCGAAAAUGUCACGGAGCUUUUGCGUACUUCUCACAAAUGGACCGGUGCUGAUGUUCUCGCUAACCUUGUCAAAUGGCAACACGUCGCACCUAAUUGUCCAGAUACGCUAGAUGCGUUUCCUAUGGCUGAAAGAGAUCCACUCGUUAUGGAAACCACCCCACACAUUAUUGUCUGCGGUAAUCAGCCACAAGCCGAGUUCCGACGUGUUCCAAUCGACGGAUCUGACUCUACGUGUCUUGUUGUUUGUCUGCCGAAAUUCUCAAAAACCCGUGUUGCAUGCUUCUUAAACUUGAAGGAUCUCUCGAUGAAAUGGCAGAACUUUGAUCAUCAAUACUAA